GGAGAUCCUGUGGUGAUGGCCCACCCAGUCUGUCUGAUUGAGAACAUAGAGGAGAAUAAAGUGAAAAUCAACCAGGAAGCUCUGGCCAUUUUGAGCUCCAUUUCUCAGCCUGUGGUGGUAGUGUCCAUUGUGGGCAAGUACCGCACUGGGAAGUCCUACCUGAUGAACAGACUUGCUGGGAAGCGUACAGGAUUCUCUCUGGGGUCCACUGUCCAGUCCAACACAAAAGGCAUUUGGAUGUGGUGUGUUCCUCACCCAAGAAGAGAAGGCCAAACUCUGGUCCUGCUGGAUACUGAAGGUCUGGGGGAUGUAGAGAAGGAUGACCUGAGAUAUGACAGCUACGUAUUUACUCUUGCCAUCCUGUUGAGCAGUACCUUGGUCUACAAUACCAAGGGCACUAUCGACAAUGAAGAACUUUUGAGACUGCAGUAUAUGACAGAACUUACAAAACUCAUUCAUGUGAGAUCCACUACAGAAGACAAAAAUAAGGCCUCCUCUGAAUUUAUCCGCUUCUUCCCCUCAUUUGUGUGGGUUGUGAGAGACUUCACUCUGGAACUGGAGAUAGAUGGGAAGGAAGUCACAACUGACAGGUAUCUGGAGAAUGCUCUCAAACUAAAGCAGGGAAACUCUGAAGAGAUUCGCCAGAGCAAUAUUCUACGCGAAUGUAUCAGGAAUUACUUCCCCAGUCGGAAGUGCUUUGUGUUUUACCAGCCUACCAACAGAAACCAUCAUAAUUUAGAGAAACUGAAUGACACUGAUUUGGAUCCUGACUUUGUCAAGCAGACUAAUGAAUUCUGCAGUUACAUUUUCGACAGUUCAAAGGAGAAAACAAUACCAGGUGGAGUCAGAGUCAACGGAAGCAUGCUGGGACAACUGGCAGUGAUGUAUGUCGAGGCCAUUCACAGUGGACAGGUCCCCUGUCUUGAGAAUGCAGUGGAUGUCCUGGCUCAGAGAGAAAACGCCUCUCUAGCUGACAAGUCAUAUGACCUUUAUCAAAAUCUUCUGGGAGAGCAAGUAGUUCUGCCCACUGAGACACAGCAGGAAUUCUCGAGUGUUCAUGAAGAGUGUAUGAAGAAGGCCCUGAAGCUCUUUAUGGAACACUCAUUCAAGGAUGAAGACCAGCGCUACCAAAAUUUCCUCAUGACAUGCAUACAAAAGGAGUACGAGAGAAAAUGUCAGGAGAAUGAGCAGCUCUCAUACAAACACUGCACUGAUUUGCUGGAGAAAUUAUGGGGAAACAUAGACCACAAGUCCUACAUGAGACCAGGAGGAUACUUGGACUACAGAGCUACGGUGGACAGUAUCAUUAAGAAAUAUAAAGCAACUCCACAGAAAGGAUUAAAGGCUGAAGAGGCUUUGCAGACCUUCUUGAAGCAGAAAGAAGACAUGGAGUCAUGUAUUCUGAAGGCAGACCACAGUCUGACAGAGCAACAAAAGAAGUUAGAAGAGGAGAAGGCCCAUGCUGAAGUUGAAAAGUUUAAAGCAGAAGUGGCAAAGAAAAAAGAGGAAGCCUUGAACCAAAGAAUCAAAGAUAUUGAAAAGGCAUACAAAGAAAAUGAACAACAAUUAGUGGAGAAAAUGGAAAAGGAACGAAACACAAUGAUUGAGGAAAACAAAAGAAUUCUGGAAAAGAGGCUGCAGGAGGAGAAAACCCUGACUGAGGAGGGCUUUAACCAAAAAGCAAAAGUGAUAUCUGCUAUUAUUGAGGAGUUACAGGAAGAACAAAUGAAGUUGUUUUUUUCAGAGAACUACGGGCCUGAGCUAAAAGAUCCUUCUUUCAGCUUUGCCAAAAUCUCAAGAAUCAAUGAACAAAAGGAAAAUUGA